AUGUCACUGCCCGAGGAUGCCUUCGCCCUGACAUCCCCGAUGUGGCAUCUGCUGAGGAGUGCCAUUGCAGCCCGCAGCCCUUGCAGCCUGGCCAUGCUGAAGCCGGCCUUCAUUGUCAUGGGCAGAGCAACGGGCCGCAGCACCAGCUGCCGUGGCGGAAGGUCACGGCUUUUGGGCAGGUGCUUCACGGUGUCUGCACAAAAUGGUAAUGCAGCCGUGGUAACUUUGGCGCUGCAGUGCCGCGCCGACCUUGAGCAAAGGAUCAACGGGCAGAGUGCUUUGGACUCGGCCGCGCAGGCUGGCCACCUGGACAUAGCCGAGACCUUGCUCCGGGCUCGUGCGGUGGCGACGCAGACCGCGAGAGGUCGCUGGACUCCGCUGAUGCGUGCCGCGCAGGGCGGUCACGUCAAAGUCUGCGAGCUGCUCUUGGCGGCCGGGGUGGACCCGGACGAGUGGGCAGACCGGACGACUGCCCUGGAUGUGGCCGUGUCUCUGUCCCACCAUGAAGUGGUGAAGACUUUGCAAGCCAGGUCUGCCCGGCGGUUCCUCGAACUGGGUCCAAUCCAGCAGAGGCCCUCCCUCACCAUGAACGCUAGAGAAGCGCUGUGGCAAAACUUGCGGCGCCCAAGGCGCGGCGUCCUCUGCAGUUCUGCUUCCCUACCCUUGCAGCCACGUGCUCGAAUUGCUGCAACGGACUUGGCGGCUGGAUCUGAAGGGGAGGAGGACGAGGACGCAGAGAUGUGA